CUCUCUCUUGUCUCUUGUCCCUUGCAAGCAGAUGCCCCUGGAAUGUUCAAGCUGUCCAGGUAAGUGGUUUGUUUGUUUCAUUUACAGCUCACCUUUUCCUCCAAGGAGCUCAAGAUGGCAUACACGGUUCCCCCCUCCCCUUUUCAUCCCCUCAACAACCCUGAGAGGUAGAUGAGGUUGAGAGUCCGCGCCUGAGCACUGUCCCCCAGUGGGCUUUGUGGCUGAGUGGGGACUUGAACUCCUGUUUCCUGGGUUCCUAAUAAUCCGGCACUCUAACCACUGCCUGCCCUGUGGAAUGCCCUCCUGUCAGAUGUCAAUGAGAUAAAUAACUGCAACUUUUAGAAGACCCCUGAAGGCAGCCCUGCAUGGGGAAGUUCUGAACCUUGGGUGUUUUAUUAUAUUUUUAUAACUGGGUAACAAUUGGCAGAGCAGACUACAAGGUGCAAUGGUGCCACCACAAAUUCCUACCUCAACUGGAAGGGGAUUUGGGCAGGUGAAGGAGCAGCAGGGUCUCCUCUCUCGUUUGCAUUCAGAGUUAGGGAUGUCAUGGUCUGCCCAACCCCAUCUUUUUCAACCCAUCCAAAUUUCAGCCCCACAUAUCUGAAGAAGCAGAUAUGUCACCUUCACCCAGACCAUUGGUUGUGUGGGCAUUUUCUUGCCUGUUGCAUUGCUGUUCUUGCUGCUGUUUUGAUACUGUCUUUAUCAGUUAGUUUCGUGGUUUUGCUUCAUGAUGCCAGUAUGCCUCAUGCCUGUUUUAGUUGUGGCACUUUUGAAUUCUGCUCUGGCAGUUCUUUUUCUCUGGCUGUACUCAGUACUGACACCUUUUUUUUUUCCUAGAAAAAAAAACCUCCACUGGUUAAAAAUGUGGCACUGACUGUAACAUUUUCAUGGUGAGUACCAGGACUGUUUUUUUCCAGAAGAAAAGCGCUGUUCUGGGACCGUUCAGUGAAGGUCAGGUUUAAGAUGGGCCAGCAGGGAUGGGUGGGGGAAUUCCUUAAUCCAUCCAAGUCAGAAGUGAUGGUAAGGAAUAUGCUGAGUCAUGUGUAGAAGGUAAAGGUAAAGGUAAAGAGACCAUUAGGUUCAGUCGUGACCGACUCUGGGGUUAAGGCGCUCAUCUCGCUUUAUUGGCCGAGGGAGCCGGCGUACAGCUUCCGAGUCAUGUGGCCAGCAUGACUAAGCCGCUUCUGGUGAACCAGAGCAGCGCACGGAAACACCGUUUACCUUCCUGCCGGAACGGUACCUAUUUAUCUACUUGCACUUUGACGUGCUUUCGAACUGCUAGGUUGGGUGGAGCAGGGACCGAGCAAUGGGAGCUCACCCCGUCGCAGGGAUUCGAACCACCGACCUUCUGAUCGGCAAGCCCUAGGCUAUGUGGUUUAACUCACAGUGCCACCCACGUCCCGUGUAGAAGGUGACACCCUGCAAAUGUCUGAUUGGUCACCACUCCUGGACAUCAUGUGGAUUGGAAUGAAGAAUUAGCAGGCAUGAGCUUGGAAGUUAGGCUGUCCCCAUCAUAUGAAGCUGGCGGCAGACAGUUGUCAUCCUGGGCCUAAGAGGCCUCAGACGCAUGCUGGGUCUUAGUAAUCACAACGUAUUUUUCUCAGCGUUCACAGACUGACCAUUUAAUUAUCUGUUCUUGGAUCUUUUCAGGUAUUGACAUCAAGCUGGCAGGUUGAUAGUUACCUGUCUUCUUUUUUCCCUUUUUUGACGAUGAGGACAACAUUUGCCUGCCUCCAGUCUGCAGGGACCUCACUUGUUCUCUAAGAAUUCUCAAAGAUUAUAGACAGAGGCUCUGAGAAUAUACCCACAAGCUCCUUCGGUUCCCUUGGGUGCAGCUCAUCAGGCCCUGGAGAUUUGAAUUCUUUUAAAAUAGCUCAGUGUUCACUUACUACCCCCUUUCCUAUCUUGGGCUGCAGCUCCUUCCUUACAUUGUUUAUGCUGUUAUUGCCAUGUUGGGUGCUGCUAACCCUCCAACAUUUCUCUGAUGAAAAUAGGGACAUCCCAUUCCAUAAGGAUAAUUUUACUAUUUAUACCCCGCACAUCUUAUUAGGUUGCCCCAGCCACUCUGGGCAGCUUCCAACACAUAUAAAAACAUAAUAAAACAUUAAACGUUAAAGAAACUUCCUUAUACAAGAUUGCCUUCAAACAGCUCGGGGGUUAGAUAACUCCACACCCUCCAACAUUUCUCCAGUGAAAAUAGGGACAUCCUAAGGAAAAGUGGGACAUUCUGGGAUCAAAUCAGAAACCGGGAUGACUUCUUUAAAUCAGGGACGUCCCUGGAAAAUAGGGCAUUUGGAGGGUCUGGAAGGCAGAUGCAAUGUAGGUGUUGAGCAGUUUCCUCUGUCGCCCAGCAGCAUUUCUCUGUCUUCUCCACAUUGAGGAUCUACUAAUUUGCUUGUUCUUCCUCUUUCUUUGAACAUAGCCAAAUAAACCUUUUAAUACUAUUUUUAACCUCUCUUGCAAGCCUGGCCUCAUUCUAGACUUUUCCCCUCCUGACCUCCCUGCAGCUGUUGGCUGCUUGAGUAUACGCUUCCUUCGUUAUUCCCCCUUUCUUCCAUUUCUUAUACAUGCCCUUCUUAAAUCUCAGCUCCUUAUGCAUUACCUUUAAAUCAGACUUGGACCAGACCGCCCUUCAAAGAGUGGGCUGUCCUCUGUAAAGUAGGACACAUGCUGACCUGACCCAUUGGUGGACCACAGCACAUGACCGGAAAGUUGGUCAACAUUGGAUGAGUUGUGGCUUCUCUUUAUCCCUGUGUAGAAAUCUCAAGGGUCACCUCACUGCUUUCCCCACAGUUGCCCACCCUGCUGUCUCAAGCAGGGGUCUGCAGGUAGAUCCAAUUAGACCGCCUCCAGUAUUUGGACACAGGGCUCUCUCUCGUGGGCUUGCUGAGCCAGGCCUGGUGGCCUUUGUUCUGAGCUUUGUCAGAGGCAUUUUGAAGCAGCAAGAGCUGCAUUAUGAAACCAGAUUUGAGACAGGAUUUGCAUGCCUAUCUUGCAAUUUCCAUCCAGUCACAAGCCUUCCUCAAUGGUCACACCAUCCUUUCACUAAGGAAAGUCCAAUCUGUGUGCAGACACAUUGCGCCAUUGCCUCAAAACUGAAUUUCCCACUUUCAUCUUUGCCUUUAACGCAUGUCUGGGGGCACAUCUAUGCUAUCAGUUUAAAAUUGUUUUAACCGCCCUGGUUUCCUCGAAGAAACCAGGUGACUGCAGUUUCCUAGGCUGGGUGUGUGGAGAUAAGCACCUGCACCACAGCCAUGCAAUUCUCUGCACAGAGCUAUGGUUCCCAAGAACCACAAGAGAGCCAGUGUGGUGUAGUGGUUAAGAGUGGUAGACUCGUAAUCGGAUGAACCGGGUUCACGUCUCCGCUCCUCCACAUGCAGCUGCUGGGUGACCUUGGGCUAGGCACACUUCUCUCAGCCCCACUCACCUCACAGAGUGUUUGUUGUGGGGGAGGAAGGGAAAGGAGAAUGUUAGCCACUUUGAGACUCCUUAGGGUAGUGAUGUCAAAUCCAAACUACUCCUCCUCCUCCUCCUCCUCCUCCUCCUCUUCUUCUUCUUCACAAGUGUAGCAUGCCAAAAUCCUUCUAUGCUGUUUCUUUUCCACAACCAAGGCAAGUGGGAUGGAAUGGUUUUUCUUGCCUGCUUCGAAAUGGCAUUUGGACUAUCCUGCCCCCUCUUUCCCUCCCACUCCCAGUUACAUCUCCCCUCCUCCUGGGCCAGCCCACCCAUAAGGUGGGGACAGGUAGCUGCCUUGGGCACAGGUGGCAUCUCCCCUUGGGCACCUCACUGCCUCUGCUGCUGGUGCAGAAAUGGUUCCAGAAGCAGUGCCAGCUUUUGGCAAGAUCUCGCUGGAAGCUGCCACCAUGCAACCCAGGCAGGGGAGACUGUGGUGGUGGUGCUGGGGAGCCCACGGAGGCACUGCCUCUUUGGCUGCUGCCCCCCCCCCCCAAUUAGCAUACCGUAGAGUUCUGGUGCUCUAAAUUCAGGAGGUGGUUGCAGCUAGCAACCCACUGCACUAAUCCAUGGUGGAUUUAAUUCUGAUGGGAAAGGUAGGGCACUUAGAUGCCCAUUUAAGCUGUGAUUCUCAGCAACUUGGAUUCAGAGGCAUGAUGCCUUCGACAGUGGCAACUGAAUAUCCCCCAUCAUUGCUAGUAGCCUUUGACAGCCCUCUCCUCCGUGAAUUUGUCUAAUUCUCUUUUAAAGCCAUCUAUGCUAGCAGACAGGGUUCCUUCCUGUGGGAGUGCGUUCCAUAGUUCCUUAUGCACCACAUUCUUUUAUCUGCCCUGAAUCUUCCAACAUUCGGCUUCAUUGGAUGUUCCUGAAUAAUGGUGUUAUGAGGGAGAGCUGUCCAUUUAUUCCCACCCCCUGCUUCCAGCUACUUGCUGCCUGGGGCACAAGCCUAAGGCACAUAUUUGCAUGUGGCAAUUUGCAUCUUGGGCCAGUCACACUUCUCUGAAGUCUCUCAGCCUCACUCACCUCACAGAGUGUUUGUUGUGGGGGGAGGAAGGGAAAGGAGAUUGUUAGCCACUUUGAGACUCCUUAGGGUAGUGAUAAAGCGGGAUAUCAAAUCCAAACUCCUUCUUCUUGCAGCAUGUGCUCGGGGUUUUUAUGGCUAGAUGCCUCUGAGCCAACUGAGAUGGCUAGGGGCUGGAAUUUCCCAAGCAUGGCACUUUUGCAGUGUGUGUGUGUGUAUGUGUGAGCAAACCUUUUUAAAGGGUCAGGAGAACCAGGAUUUGACAAUGGCCCAAAUUUAGAGGGAAGAGCAAUGGUGAAAGUGGCCAGGGUUACUGCACUGAAUUUCAUUUUCUUUAAACCCCCCCCCCCAGCUUAUUGCAUUAAUAUUCCAAUCCUCCCUCCGCAAAGAGUUUAAGGCUGGCAAACAUGUUUCUCUGCUCUGACCUAUUUUAUCCUCACAACAACCCUCCGCUGUGGGUUAGGUAGAAAGACUGGCCUGAGAACAACCAGCAAACAUCGUGGCUGAACAGGAGAUUUGAACCAACAUCCUAACCCUGGGUAGGCAAACUAAGGCCCCGGGGCCAGACCUGGCCCAAUCGCCUUCUAAAUCCGGCCUGCGGACAGUCCAGGAAUCAGCAUGUUUUUACAUGAGUAGAAUGUGUCCUUUUAUUUAAAAUGCACCUCAGGGUUAUUUGUGGGGCGCAGGAAUUCAUUCUUCUUCUUUUUUCAGAAUAUAGUCAGGCCCCCCACAAGGUCUAAGGGACAGAGUACUGGCUCCCUGCUGAAAAAGUUUACUGACCUCUUUCCUAACCAAUACACCACAUUGGGUUCUACUAUAUUUUAUCUACCCAGAGUGAAGCUAAUGUCAAGCUUCAGUUGUGAUAUCUUGAGAUUUCAUAUAUGAUAGAAGGGGGAAAUGCCAGAGAAAGCCAUCUCCCCCCACCUCCUCCUCCUGCUUGCAAAAGACGUUUUGCAGAGACUUCUGCUUUUCUGGUUCCUGUCUAUUAUUUCCCCUUCUGUGUUUAGCAGAAUUCUCAUCGAGGGUCAGGACCACAGGCGGAAAGACAGAGGCAACCAGGAGGUGCAUCUCUCGCUGCAAGUCGAAACGGACAGGUCAGGAGAAAUUCUGGGUCUGGACAGGGAAUUGUAGUGUGUAACACCAUACAUUUAAAGCACAUCCCCCCGCCCCCCCCCCCCCAAAUACUGUGAAUGGUCCUUUUUUUUUUUUAAAGCUGCCCUGAAUUGUAAGAGGCAAGCUACCAUUCCUUGGGGCAGAAAAUGUGCUUAAGAUGUGUUUUAAAGGCAUGGUGCAUACACCGUCCAAAAUGUCUUAGUUGUCUUUACUUUGAACCCCACCCAAAGCGGUAAAGGUUCACAAGAAGAGGUUUAGUAAGCAGAUGUUUGGGAGGUUCUUUUGAGGGUGGGUGGGCAGAGCCAACCCUACUAUUGGGCAGGGUGAGGGAGCUGCUUCAGGCGGAAAGCUCAUUUAAGGUGUUGUGUCAAAAUAACUUGCCUUGCUUUUGGUACUAUGCAUGUGUGUGUGUGUGCGUGCCAUUUCCUGCUCCACCUCAAGCACCAAAAUGUCUUGGGCUUGCCCUGGUUUUGAAGAAGGCUUUUCUCUCUCUCUUUCUCUCCCAAUCUCAGAGAAAGGAGCAAAAGAGGCUGUUUUCCCCCAGGGCGACUAUUGCAGAACAAAACUCAGCCAAGAGUAGGAGGGUCCUGGGACGGGUCGUUCUCCUGUUUCUUGCAUUUAUUAUGCAGGUGCAACAACACACAACAAAGAGCUCAUCCAGACUAGCAUUUGCACUGUGUUUCUAGGCUCAGGUCUUUGCUUUCAAGCUCCCUGCUGGAGCACUCCCCCUAGUUUCUCUCAGUGCUCAUUUCCCCAGUCUUUAGUUCUCCACAUUUCCACAUCAUUGAGGGCUUAUCCUCUCCUUCAAGCUGCUAUUUGCCUCACAAGGGCGACAAAUAGCAACCAGAGAUCAGCAACCAGAGAUGAGGAAUGAGGAACAACAUGGAGGGAGACAGAGGGAAGUAACAUGGACGGGGACAUCUGCCUUUCCUUGAUGAUGCUGGGGUCCCCAUCUAUUUCAGGGGACCCUAUCGACUGUUUUGAAACAGAGAUCUCCUGGAUCACAUGUCAUUUGGCUGUUGGAUGAAGAGAUUAGUUAAAUAUGAGCUCUUUGAAUAUGUCUAGAAGAAGAAGAAAAAGAAGAAGAAGAAGAAGAAGAAGAAGAAGAAGAAGAAGAAGAAGAGUAGUAGUAGUAGUAGUAGUAGUAGUAGUUUGGAUUUGAUAUCCCGCUUUAUCACUACCCGAAGGAGUCUCAAAGCGGCUAACGUUCUCCUUUCCCUUCCUACCCCACAACAAACACUCUGUGAGGUGAGUGGGGCUGAGAGACUUCAGAGAAGUGUGACUGGCCCAAGGUCACCCAGCAGCUGCAUGUGGAGGAGUGGAGAUGCAAACCCGGUUCCCCAGAUUACGAGUCUAUCGCUCUUAACCACUACACCACACUGGAGAUGUGUAUGUUUAAAAUGUUCAUUGGCAUUGAAACUGUGCAUCCUGACUGAAUAGCUCCUGGAUCCCGAACAGAAUCAAGCUUUUCUGGGUCAAUCUAGAAUUGGUCCAGAGCUGGUCAGGGUAGCCCUGGAUCACCCGGGAGGGGGGCAAUUGUGUCCUUCUUCCUCUUCAGUCUUCUCCUUCUUCCUCACUCAUUGUUGUCCAAAAAACACAAACAAGCAGAUGCACUUGGCUCUUCAGCUUGGAUUCCACAGCGGCCUUCUCAUCAGGGUGUGAGCUACCUCAUGUGUUUGACUCCACUGGUGCCUGUGCAAAGCGACUGGCUCCACUCAGUGUGUGUGUGUGUGUGUGUGUGUGUGUGAGUACCAGUAUGGAGACUCCCUCAGCUUUCCCGCACCCCCUCAUAAAAAAGCGUCCUGAGCUCAUAUGCUAGUAGAGGGCAGGAUCAGAGAAUCAAAUGGUCUGCCACUGGGCCUGGUGGCUGAUGCCAGCUCCCCACAGAGCACGUCCUUGGCGAACCUUGCCAUUUUCCAUUCUGUGGACAUAACCAGCGUAGAUGUCACUGAGACAGGAGCGCAAGCAUGCUGGGAAUGUUAGAAAUGGGGAAACUGAGACUGGGGCUGGUGGCCCUUGCGAGCCUGGCAUCUGAGCUCAUGCUAGACUGUGGCAUUGGAAUGAGAGACUUUGCGGCUAAUGCUGCUUCCACAUUUUGAUUCUUUCUGAAACUAUGGGUUCUGAGUAUCUUCCCUGCUUCAGCCAGCGCUGCUCACUUAGUGCCUCAUGCUUCUCUUCUCUUCUUUCUUUGCCCCAGAGCUCCAGCCUCAGAAAGAAGCCUCCGGUUCAAAAAAGAUGCCCAGAGGCAGAAGGACGAUACAACUCAUGAACCUUCCCUGGGGGAUGAAGAGCCCAGUCUCAUUGAUGCCAAUGGUGACACUGUUGAUCCUUCCCUUUCUCUGCAAAGGUAGAUAUGGUUCACAACAACACUGGGGAACCUUCACCCUUUCCAGAUAAGUUAGACUCUAGAUGUUAUCGGCCUCAGCCAGCUCAGCCAACCCUCAAGGAAGAUGGGAUCUGGAGUCCCUCAACUUGUGAAGGCUCACAUUUUCUCCACCCUUGGUGUACAGAAAUGAGAAAAUGUGUUCUUCUGAGUGUUGCUUCCUAAGAGGGAGGGACCAAGGCUGAGUUUGGAAACGGACUGCUUGUGAUGAAAGGGCUGGUGCCGUGCUGUUUUUAUUGUAGUUAUCUGUAUAUUUUAAAGUGUGUGUUUGUGUGUAUAUAGCUUUAAUGUUUUAUUGGUUUUAAUUAUUGGGUUUUUUAAAACGUUUUUAGCUGUUCUUAUUUUUACCUUUAUGCCACCAUGAGUCCCUGUCAGGAAAAAGGUGGGGAAUGAAUGAAUGAAUAAAUUGCAAAAAAAAUUAAGAAAAAAAUUCCCAGGUUAAACCCGAGCAUCUCCACAAACUGGGAGAGGUUCCUGUCUGGGACACUGGAAAGGCACCACCCAUCGGAGUAAAUCUAGAUGGACCAGUGGAUGGACUCAGCAUAAGGCAGCUUCUGAUCAGGUCCAGGUUUUGGGUGGUCCUUGAUCAAGACACCCUCCAUGCGUGCCCCUUCCUCACAGAGUCUCCCUCUCACUGCAGGAGCUCCAGAGGGUUCUUAUCAUUGAGUCCCUACUGGGAUAAGGGCUCAUGACAGACACCCAACCAUGCCACCUCCUGAGGCCAGCCCUGCUUCCUAUGUACCUCAUAGGUUUUGCUCACUUCAUGGUUUAUUUUAAGAGUGAAGAAUUUGAAAACUUGGAAAUGAUGAGUCCUGAGUACAAAUGGCAGGAAGAGUUCCAGUGUGAGGCCCAAGGAGCACUGGAAUAUCCCUGGUUCGGGGUCCUUGGCCAGGGGACCUGAGAGCACCUUCCUCCUUCUGAGUGUGUGGCACCUGCUAGAAACUCACACCUGAAUGUCCUCCUCCUUCUUGCCCAGGGAAAUGCUUACCCCUGAGGUCCUGCUACUGUGGUGGGUGGUUGGGAAGUCCUGGGACUGGAGACCCACCACAAUCGCCAGGCACUGCUGCUCCAGACAACCCUUGAUGUUUUGGUGCUGUUGACUGUGCAGAGUGUUCUUCUCGAGGUGUACAGUAUGCUGGCAAGAGGGUCAGCUGCAAAACUGGUCUUCGCUAAGCAUCAGCCCACAAACCAGUGAACACAUUCCUUCUUUCCUUUGGCAGGUCUGCAGAGUCAAUUCCCGGGAUAUGAACUUAAAGCGCUAGAGGCUGUCACCGUGCAGAGAGGUCUCUGCGUUCACAUUCCCUGCAACUUCACUUAUCCCACUUCUCAGUAUUCUGCGGAAUUAUACGUCUACUGGAUUAAGAACGAUCAUGCUGGGUCCACCUGGCGUCGCUACACCCGGAAUUCCGUUGCUGGUAUUAUUGUUGCCAGUAAUGACAAGGAUCAAAGCAUUGCCUCAUUUGCUGGGAAUCGUUUCCAGUUGACUGGAAAUCCAUCAGAAGGUGACUGUUCCUUUAGCAUCAAUGAUGUUAAGUUUGAGGAUGAAGGGCAGUACUAUUUUCGAAUUGAGAAAGGAACCAUAAAAUUCAGCUAUCGUUUUUCUUUUAUUUCACCUCAUGUUUCUGUGACAGGUAAGAGGUUUCCUACUUCUUUAUUUGCUCCCUCAUUCCCUGUUUUGUGCUCUUUCAUGCUGUAAAGGGGGGAAAGGCUCUGCCUACAAAUAUGCCUAGACCUCUGGACAUUAUGCUGAUGUGAAAGGGACAGGAGGUACAAGUGCUCCAUGCUUCCUGUUCCUCUCCAUUGUUGUAACGUCAAAAUUAGAUCAUUUGCAUCUCCAAAUGUCUGAAUACUUUACACAGCUCACUAGAGGGAAGAACUCUCUUGUGGAUUCUGUGCUGACAAUUUGGAGAAACAGGAAACUGGAGGCAUUUUCUCCUUCACUUCCAGCUGCAUCCCAUCACCUGCUUCUUCUCCUUCCCCAGCAUCUCUCCACAGCUUCCUCAAUGGCAGGAGAAGCAGAGAGGUAUUCUCUUGCCACCUUUGAAAUCAGCCUCAGUGCAGAUCUGAAACAUUGUCCUAAUCCACUGCAUCCUCUAUUCUAGGACCAGAGGGUGCUUUGGGUGGGGGACAUUUCUUUCAUUCAUGGGCCUCAUUCCAGGGGCCACAUGCAAGUGGUGGGCAGGGCCAGAAGCACACAUGGACGGAGCCUCUAGCAAAUGUGGGCAGAGCAACAGGCGUGCCUCUUAUCUUGUCCAGGCCUCAAACUCAGGUCACUUUCCCAUAGCUGACUAGUUUUAAGGUUGUGCACAGAGGGUUGAGGCACAGGGCUAAAAUUAGGGGCACUUUGCUCCUCCCCUGUUUCUCCUGCUGCUGUUCUGCACAGAGCUAAGCCUUGAUUUGGCUUAGCAUGGAGGUGGAGAACCUUCCCCUUGCUGGUGUGGGGCAGGUGGUUUUACAGGAGAUUAAGCCUUAGCUUAAUGUCUGAGCCCCAAACAAACCAUGAGCAGUUAGCUAAAAAGCAAGCCUAUGCUACAGCUCAUGGUUUCUUUUGGAGAGAAACAAAUCUUGAACCUGAGUUUAGAUCAAUGGUUCCCAAUUAGGGGUCCGUGGAAUACACACAGGGCCUCCACGGCCCUAUCGCUUGCCUUUCCCCCAACUCAUUUUUUUGCCAUUUUUGCAUGGUAUUUCACAAAUCUUAUGGUCUGUUUUAGCACUCCGCAAUUUUUCAAUAUAUUGGUUAAAACUGGUUUUGAAAUCACACCGUGAUAAUGAUUUCGACCCAGCAAUACGUAGCAGUAUAUCACUCCCCAUACAAGGAAGAGCAGGGCAGCUGAUUUCAAGGCACCACCCAAAUCGCAGGAUGAUUUCAGCCGAUCCCUCUGCUGAUCUGAGCUGCCUUCCCUCACACCGAGGGAGACCAGGGCAGCCGAUUGCGAGGUGCUGCCUUCUCCUCACGCUGAUGGAGAACAGGGCAGCUGACUGCUCUCACUUCAAGGAAUUGUGGCACUACCUUCCCCUGGCACGGACUCAGAGCAGCUUUUCUUAGUCAGCAGGAAAGCAGCAGCAGCCACAGUGGAUGUGCUUCUUCACUGGCUGCCCCCCUGAUUGUGGCUUGAUGCACCCCACCCCCUCAAACUCAAACCAUGCAGUGGGGGUGACCUCGCUUCCUCUCCUCCCCCCAGCCAUCCAAUCUCUGCGGCUGCUCUUUCCCUCAUCCCCAUGUCCAAUCUCCAAUUUCAGACAUCGUGAUAUAUCAGAACAUUGUGAUGUUUAGCUGCUGAUAUAUCACAAUGUUGAAUAACAGAUAUCUCUCAGCCCUAGUCUGUUUUUUUUAGUACACCUAAAAUGCUUUGCUUAUUAAAGGCUACCCCACAUUUUGUUCAAAAAAUUGCUUUGCAGAGGUAACUACCAUAGAGCUAUCAAAAUGUUCAAAAGUAGGGGGACUGUGGCUUGGCUUUUGGAAAAUAGGGGGUCCUUGUUGUUGUUGUUUAGUCGUGUCCGACUCUUCGUGACUCCAAGGACCAGAGCACACCAGGCACUCCUGUCUUCCACUGCCUCCCGCAGUUUGGUCAGACUCAUGCUGGUAGCUUCGAGAAGACUGUCCAACCAUCUCGUCUUCUGUCGUCCCCUUCUCCUUAUGCCCUCAAUCUUUCCCAACAUCAGGGUCUUUUCCAGGGAGUCUUCUCUUCUCAUGAGGUGGCCAAAGUAUUGGAGCCUUAGCUUCAGGAUCUGUCCUUUCAGUGAGCACUCACGGCUGGUUUCCUUAGUAAUUAGUUAAUUGGGAACCACUGGUUUAGAUUAACAUUCUGCCAAACCAUGGCUUAGCUCCUGGCAACAUGGCAGGAGCAAAACACCUUUGAUUUGGGUCCCCUGCACCAACACAGUGUGCAUUCACCUUCAAACAAUAGUUCAUCUAGGUUUAAGGUGAUAUGAAAGCCAGGCUUGUGUUGGCUACAUGGCAUUCAGGGAAAUGUCAGCUGUUUCUACAUGGUCAUCCACCUCUUUCCAUUCAGACAAGCUAGACUCAUUACACAGUUCAACAACCCAUUCGGGGAGAAGGUGUGUGCAUGGAGGGGGUGGGGAGUGUGGCCAGGGGAGUUCUGGAUUUGUUCCAUGUCUCCUAGGUGGAAUCUACACACAUAUAAAAAAACGCUGAGGAAUUUUUUUUUAAUCCACUGAAUUUGCCAUGGCUCACCAUCACCAUCUAGUGUCACAUUUGUAUAUUGCACUUUGCAACACACUUGAAACGUUUUAUUUGCAACAGUAUAGCUGAGCCCCUAGAAAUUGCCCUCUCCAAGCUCUUCACUCCACGGCAAAAGAUAUGCAGACCUGCUUCCUAUUCCCCUGUAUGCAAGUGAGCAGUUUGGGUGGGUGGCCAUUUGCUUCAGAAAAAAUAGUUCAAGGGUUAAGUGACCCCUUCUCAGCCUGUGCUCCUCUUUUGAUGAAAGACAGAUCCCUCCUGUGGCUGCUGCAUUCAAGGUGUUGUUUUUCCUCUUUUCUUUCUGUGUCUCCCAAAUCGCAUCUGGCUUCAUCCUCCAAUUUCAGGAUCCUGAGUAUCAAACAUCAUGUUCAGCAGCAUAGUGGCAGCCAUCAAGAUUUCUCUCUCUCCAGGCUGAGUCCACAAUGAGCAGAAACACUGACCAACAUUGGUAGAGAAAGCAGACCAUUGCAUGGGGAAUCAGUCUACUAAGGGAGAGAGUUAUUGUUAAAGGACAAAUGAAAGAAUGGCAGGAUUUGCCGCAAAGUGGGGUAUAAAGUAAUGCUGGUGACCAUCCAUAAUUCAGGACUCCUGUAUCCUGUACCCUAGUUACUUUAGUCUCUGAAUUUUCUUCUGAUCCCAUCCUGGGGACUUUGCUUUUCUCAGAGCUGGCAAAGCCAAAGAUCCUGAACUUAUCAGAGGUGGUUUUGGGGAAGAGCGUCACUCUCAUCUGCCAGGCACCAGGGACCUGCCCAUGGAAAGAAUCAUGGAGCCAGCCUAAGAUCUCAUGGAGUAAUUUGCCAGGAACAACAACUGCACAGAACCAUCAGCACAGCAAUGGGAGCUGGACCUUUGCUUCUGGCUUCACCUUCACACCUAUUUCGCAGGAUCAAGGCAGAGCCCUCACUUGCCGUGUCAGAUACCCUGCAGUUGAUACAACAGUUGCGAAUACAAUCUCUCUUGAAGUGGUCUGUGAGUAGCUCCCAUAGCUCAGUACUGCUUCCCCCUCCCAUGAAUGGCCAAAAGUUCUUUCUACCCCAUGCAAGCUAAUUUACUCCUUUCAUGCUCCCCCUCACUGUUUUCUUAUGUUUCAGACCCACCUCAGGACAUCAGAAUCACAAGGCCUGGACACCCUGGUGAGAUACAAAACUCUUUAGUGUUUUUGCACAACCCCAUCCUCACUGAGCUCUGCUGCGCAGCCAAUGGCUGCUCAGGGAUCUCAGAGUGGGAAUUGUGCAGGAGGAAGGGUUUUAGAGAUGGCUGGGAGUUGGGGCAGAGCCCAGGAUGGUGGUUUGGAGGGGAGUUGAAGACAAACUGGAUGGUAACAGGGAGGAGCUGGGCUCAGUGGUUCUUUCCAGCAUCCAUGCCAUGCCAUGCACACAACCUUGCACCCGAACCAAAAUUCACUCCCCACCGUAGCACCCUUCCGGCUCUUGACCUGAGUCUCCUUUUUUAAUUGCCGUGGGGUUUCUAUUUAAUGGGACUGUUCUAUUGCCUAUUUCAAUUGUGGGUGUUUAUAUUUUAAUGUUUGCGUAACUGGUUUUUGUACUUUUUAAGCCAUUUAGAAUCCUAUGUUGGCAGUAAGUGGUGUAUUAAAGUGGAAUGAGAAGGAAAAGAAAUGGGCCCAAGUCUUCCCAGUGGAAGGCAAAACAGUGGAUAUUAUUAUUAUUAUUAUUAUUAUUAUUAUUAUUCUCUUGCCAGUUGAACUUGCAGAGAAAUGAGGGGAUCAUCUCUCUUUUUGCAAAACUAUGGCCCAAAGCUGUCUUGAACCAAUUAUAAUUAAUAAUCAUUGUAAAGAUUUGAAUCCCCACUUCUGCAGACCUGGUGUCAACCAUCCUUCUUCAAAAUACACAGGAACAUCUCAGCACUGAAUGAGGAUUCCUUAGCCUCAGGCAUCCCAGGACCUAUUGUGAUCUAAUUGCAUUUCUCUUACAGAUUUCUCCGCACAGAAAGAAAAGCUGGUGGUCCGAGAAGGUGACACCGUCAGCUUGCUUUGUGAAGCUCAGGGCAAACCUAUUCCCUCUGUGACAUGGAUGAAGAAGAACAAGACCCUAAACAACCAUAUGCAGGGCAGUAAAGAAACUCUUCAACUGUCCAACAUUAAAUCAGAGGAUGCUGGGAUGUAUCAAUGUCAGGCAGAGAAUCUACAUGGCUCAAUCAGGAAGAAUAUUUCAGUGAUUGUGCAAUGUAAGAGAUGGGGAGCGGGAAGUUCCUUGGGGCAUUAACCUAGGAAACUCCAUUGUAUGCUAAGUGGCUUGACCUGCAACUAAUACCAGCAUGCUUCCACUAAGGGGACCUCUGCAAAUGUACACAGCUGUGGCUGCAUUGUACAGUGUGUCAGCCUAGUAGUGUGAGAUGCAGCUUUUGACAGCUUCAUCACAAGUUCAGGAACCCCAUGAUGAGCUUACAUAUUUGCAGAAGCUUUCUAAGAAGUUAGUUUCAGGAUGCAUAAAUGCAGCUCCAGGGGCAAAACCACAAAUUCAAGUCACUGAACAUACCGGUAACUCUUGUCUGAAAUUUGUGGAAGUAUCCUCAUUCACCAGGAGAGGGCAUAUUUAUGCAACCUCUCAUCAGAAUGACAGCUCUCUAAUAUUAAAUGCAAAGGCCAAACUUAGAAGUUUCUGUUCACAUAUCUGUCCUGCCAUAAAGCAGGAUAUGUAGGAUGUGGCUUUGAUGUUUCAGAAGAAAAGCUCUGUAUGGACAAUGGAGGAGAUUGGCUGGAUGUCCCUCUCCCACUGCCCAUCUUCUGUUGCUUCAAGACCUUUUUGUCUAAUGAGCAUCUCAUGAAGGAAUAUCCCCAGGUGGCAAUGGUCUCACUGUUUGCUACCUGGAGAUGCAGAACAUAGUUCCUUUGCUUAUCCAAUGAAAAGGCUGCCAUAAGGAUGCUGCUUGUGGGGACCUAAGUCGUUUUGCAAAGUAAUUUCUCUUCCCCUUCUUUGGUACCAUGUGAUAGCCUCAUAGGUGGGCCUUGUGUUUAGCUGUUGGGGUGUUGCACAACCCAAUACUCUAAUAUUCAUUUGGCAAACUGAGAAUCUGCAUUGUCUUUUUUAUGAGCAAUUUUCUGGUCAUCGUGGUGUGUUUGUGUGUGUAUACAGUGCUUUUUUUUAAUUUUUAGGGGUACUCUCUUUCCCCUACUCAUAUUGAAAUACUGCCAAACUUAGAUUCACAAAAUGUUUAGGGGUAUGCAUCCCCCUGCAUCCCCCCAGAAAAACCCCCACUCUGUGUGUGUGUGUGUGUGUGUGUGUAGCUUAGAAAAGGAUUUAUGCCCUUCUUCUUUCUCUAUUCCCCUCUGUUUCCUUUUUCAAAAAAUGCAAUAAUCUGAUUAGCAAUGACGACGCUAAUAGGAACAGAAUAAAGUAAACAUUUGACAAGCAGAAUGUCACCGGCUAAGUUUUACUCCGAGUAGAUCCAUUGAAAUCAAUGGACUUUAGGCAUGUUAAUUCAUGUCAAUGAGUCUACUCUGUGACAGAUUAGCACUGGGAUACAACCCCAAAUCCACCGAGAUUAUGGACAAUGGAGGGCAGACCUGGAUCUGAAUAGGAGGUAAAAGACGCAGCCUAGAUUGCAGUCUCAACAGUGCAGUGUUUUUGUGUCAAAAUAUGGUGCUUUUUCAUCUUGCUCUGUCUGCUCUGUGUACACUGGGCAGGGGAAGGGCACUUUCCUGGACGGUCAUUGCUGACCCUACCUUUCCAGCGGACAGUACAGGCUGAUCCGUUUGGGGUGAACGGGGCACUGACCCACCAACCUCAGUCCAUCCUUAGACAGCCCCUACUGGCUGCCUUCUUACUUACAACCAGCCUAAGGGGUGUCCCGGGCUGCCAGCUUUCUCCUCCUUGGUCUCCAUUUUACCCUUCUAGAGCUCAGCAGGGCAGACGAGAAUAGCAAUAUAACUGGAUUUAGUUGGCUCUACCUGUCUCUGGCUCCACCUCUCAUUGCUUCUGGAUCUGCUUGCCAUUGGUGGUCUCCCUCCCUUCCAGCUAGCCGGUCCCAGUGCCACCAGAAGGCCCUUUCUUGCACAGCAACGGGCCUCUCAUUCACCCAUGUAAAGGCUCUUCUCUUGUUGAUUCAACAUUGAUAUGUCUGUUCCAGAUCGCCCAAGGACAAUGACGUUCAAUGUCACCCAUGCACACAGGAGGGACCCAGCACUAGCUCGAGGUACCAGAGAGUUUUAGGGUGCAAAAGUCAGCGCACGGAUCCUUUCUCCUCUGGAGGAUAAGGCUGGCUUCAGCGGGGCAGCUGCUGUUUCACAGACAUGACGGCACUUUCCUGUGAUUACAGGUUGCCCCAGGGAAGUAGCCAGUGGCUCCCAGUUGACGGUUCAGGAAGGCAACUUAUUGCGGCUGCUCUGCAAGGCCGAUAGCAACCCUGCAGCCACUACGAGCUGGUUCAAGGAAGGCAGGGCCUUGGAGAAGCUGCCAGAUGACUGGUUGGAGCUGGUCAAUGUGAAAGCAGAGGAUCAGGGUGACUACAGGUGCCAGGCUCAGAACGCCAUAGCUUCUGCUGAGGGAUUCCUCCACCUCCUUGUGGAAUGUGAGUGAGGGAGUCAGGGUUUGGGUCAAGCACUGGGACUCCCUGCUGCAGGGGAACUGUUAAGGGUGCUGAUCUCCCAUGCUACAGGACACCCCUUGUCCUCUGCUGGGCUGCAUUUGAGGUUCAGUGUGAAAACACCAAGUGAGAUUUACAUCCCACCCAAAUAGCUGCCUAGAGUAGUGCUCCUAUUUAGGGAGGCCAACUCCCUUUUUCAUUAAGGGGUUCUACUAGCAGAAUGGGCAGAAGAAACCCAUUCAGUGCCUCUUUUGCUAUUGUUGCUGCCCCGUGACUGGAAAAGCCCAGGCCACAUUGUUUGUGGUGGACUCUCCUUCCUUUGAGGCUGGGUGGCCGUCUGUCAUGGCUGUUUUAGUUGAGAUUCUUGCAUUGCAGGGGGUUGGACUAGAUGACCCUUGGCAUCCCCUCCAACACUAAGAUUCUAUGAGACACAGCUCUUAAGUUCUUGUAAACCAUUCCUGUAAAUUCUGUUUUUAUUUUCAAACUGGACACAAGGGGGAAAGAAACUCCCUGCCUUCUGAACCAAGCUGAAGCAGGAUUUUACCUUAUGCGACAGAGUAGGGAACUAGGGUGGCAGCAGUAUCUGCUCCCGCGUGCCUCCAGUGGAUGAAUUGUGGUAUUGCAGCUGGUGCAGUCAUUAGCUAAAUCGGAAUGUGUUCUUCACCUUGGCUACUUGAUUCUCUGCAGAUGCCCCCAAGCUCAGCAAAAAACCCCAGAAAAACACUACCUGUUGGCGUAAGGACCAUGACAUCCUCUGCAACUGUUCCCUGCACUCCAAGCCUCUACCUCAGAUCCAUUGGCAAGUGGGCGGGAUGACUGUAGCUGAGAACACCAGCACGGCAGACCUGAAAGUCUCUUCGUCAGUCCAGAAGAAUGAGGUCACCAGCUCCCUAAUUUGGACAGGUAGCCCGGAUGGCGACCUCAGCAUCAUCUGUCUUGGGAACAAUUCUCUGGGAGUCUACACCAUGCAAUUCCUCCUUGGUUCCUUGAAAACAGGUGAGACUCCACCAGACUGAGAAAUCCUGACUUUUGCAGCCCUGAUGAUAUUGGAAAACCCCAAAGAGGUUGUAGCUAUGCACCCUGAUUCUAAAGUACAUUUAAUUACAAGUGAACCUCAUUUAUUUCUGUAGAUCGGGGAUUGCCAGAAUGGUGUCUCCACCCAUUUCACCCUUACUGAAAAAUGAUGCCAAUUAAAACUAGCAUCUUAAUUUUUUCAUUUAUUUUGUGUUACCUGUUUGUGUUAAAUCACCUAGAGAUGUUUAAAAAUAAAAUGAGCAGCAAAUGAUGAUCAUUGUCAUCAUCAUCAUCAUCAUCAUCAUCAUCAUCUGCUUUUGGGAAAUGAAGGAAGGAGGAUGGGGACCAGGAUUUCUGAUUUCCAAUCCCAGUUUUCUUUGAGAUCUUGGUUUAUCAUUGCAGGCGCAGGAAGCCAUUCGGCACUGCUCCUCUCUGGGCUGUGUGGGGCUUUGCUGGCAGCGGUUGUCUUCCUGCUCUGCCUGGGCCUGAUCAAGUGAGUUUAUCCUUCUCUGAUCUCCCUCCCUCCACCUGGUUCUCAACAACAGGCCACUGUUCUACUGGCCUGACCAUUGAAACCACCUUCUGGCAGGCAACUUCUGUCAAUCCUGAGAAGUCAAGCCUGGACAGCUCAGUUAGUUAGAGUUUGGGAAGGAAUGGGAGAUGCAAAGUUAUCGUGGGGACGGAUGACAGGAGAUGACUUAGAAUGAAACCAAAGCCAUCAGGUUGUGUCCAACUAAGUUCUACUCAGUGGACCCACUGAAAUGAAUGAACCAACGUUGAUCAUAUCAGUUGACUUUCAAUAGGUCUACUCUGAGUAGGACCAGCACUGGCUACAACAAGAUAUGAGUUUUGAUGAGGGCUGUAGAGGAAGAGAGAGAAAGACCUGCAUGCAGGUCUUAUAAUCACAGGGGUGUAUGAGAAUCUUACCAUGUUCUGGCCAUUUUGAUCUUAGGUUUUAUAAGAAGAGGAAAGCAACUCUGAAAGCAGCCAUCCCAGAAGCUAUGGAUUCUGCUAAUUAUGUAAACUCUGCCAAUGGAGGGCAGCAGAGAGCCAACAACUUCAGCCUGAUCUAUAGCAACAUUUUACCUCAGGUAUGCAUCCCAUGUAGCUUUGCUCUUCUGCAACCUCUUAGGCCUCCUGAGGUAAGUAUUUAUUUUUAUUUUUUUGGAGGGGGUGCUUCAUCACAGAGAGCAGGUGCACAAGAUGUUUAAGUGCUUUAAAGGUAUGUUGCAAAGGGGGGUCUUUUUCACAACAUCUCUCUUCCCUUUCAGGGUCAAAGAUCACCCCAUGUUGGCACGCCUAAAGCAGCUGGAGAGAGGACCCCCAAACCCAGGCAAAUCCCCAGACCUCCCAGUCCGAGUGCUGAGGAACCAGAUGAGGUUCACUACACAACUGUGGCAUUCAAAAGCAAGGGACCUCCACCCCCAGUGGAAGAGUCUGUGGAAUAUUCAGAAAUCAGACGGGAAUAAAAAAAAAACACACCUUGUUUCCCAAUAGGAGAACAAUCCCAUCAUGAUGGAAGGGUGUUAUUUGACUGAAAAGAGGAGCUGGGUAUGAAAAGUGAGCUGGACUUCAAGAAUAAGCAAACUGGAUUUAGUGUCCACCAAGUAAAUUGUCUGGACAGGAGAAGCAUUAGAUAUGCCGGAUAUGGAAAGGGUCUUCCAUUUUAGUAACUCUGGUGUUUUUGACUUGUUUCUUUGUUUUUACGCAAGGAAGGAGGAAGCAGAAGAAGGCAAUGGUAGUGGACAUAGUUAACCAACUUACUCUGAAUGAGGUAGACAUCAUCUGCUAUCAACUACCUGCCUUUUUGUCUGUGAAUAUCUUCCCUCCUCAAAGUGAUCGGCUGGACUGUUGUAGUGUCACAGAACGUUCCCUGCUCAGUAGGAAAAAACAGCACACCAUCUUCUAAAGCAGCCUUCAGCAACCUGUUACCCUCUAGAUGUUUUAAACUGCAGCUUCCAUCAUCUGCCAGGACACAUGGCCAAUGGUCAAGGAUGUUGGGACUUGUAGUCCAAAACAUCUAGAGCGCAGCAAGUUGGGUAAAGUUGUUCUAAAGAUGUUGUUUGAAAAGGUUAUGGGGGGGGGAGCCUAUGUUGUACAGCUCUAUUUUUUAAAAAGUAUUUCCAGUACAUCUCGCUAACUCUUGCUCUGUGGCUCUUAUUUAUUUAUUUGACGUG